GUUUGGGAAAGGAGAAAUUGAACGAUAGUAUGAGAUGCGUAAGAGGCAUAGGAAGCGAUGGGUGAAGUGCUGUGUAUUAGUGCUACAUGUGGCGAUUGCUGCUGUGGCUCCAGGAGAGGAUUCCCUACAUGCCAUCCAGGAGUCCAUCCUGUUGUUGAGGAGCCCUCCAUGCUAGAGCUAACAGACUUCAAUGAAGUUCCAUGUCCCGUAAGGAUGCUUCCUCCACAGUGGUACCACACGGUCCAGGUGCGGAGAAUAAGAUCAUUAAGGGCUCGGAGUAACAGUGACCCGCUACAAGGAAAGAAUUUAGGCCAAGCACUGCAAUGGCAAAGAAAAGGACUGCAGUUUGGUACAGCAUCAUCCUACCUAAACCUUGAAAAAUUAGGAGAAGGCUCCUAUGCAACGGUGUACAAAGGAAUCAGUAGGAUAAAUGGGCAAUUAGUAGCUUUAAAAGUUAUCAGUAUGAAAGCAGAAGAAGGUGUACCCUUUACAGCAAUCCGAGAAGCUUCUCUUCUGAAGGGUCUGAAACACGCAAACAUUGUACUUUUGCAUGAUAUCAUUCAGACUAAGGAGACAUUGACUUUUGUUUUUGAAUACGUGCACACAGACCUUUCACAGUAUAUGACUCAGCAUCCUGGAGGACUUCUUCCCUACAAUGUUCGGCUCUUCAUGUUUCAGCUGCUGAGAGGACUGGCCUAUAUCCAUCACCAGCAUAUCCUGCACCGGGACCUAAAGCCACAGAAUCUUCUCAUCAGCUACCUUGGAGAGCUAAAACUAGCUGACUUUGGUCUGGCAAGGGCCAAGUCAAUUCCAAGUCAGACUUAUUCUUCAGAAGUGGUAACACUUUGGUACCGACCACCAGAUGUGCUUCUAGGGGCUACAGAUUAUUCCACUGAUCUGGAUAUCUGGGGCGCAGGGUGUAUAUUUAUAGAAAUGCUGCAGGGAUACCCAGCUUUUUCUGGUGUGUCGGAUAUAUUUGAACAACUUGAGAAGAUCUGGUCUGUCAUUGGGACGCCAACAGAAGAUUCCUGGCCUGGAGUUUCCCAGCUCCCAAACUACAAGGCAGAGUGGCUUGCACAAUAUGAAACUCAGCCAUUUGAAAACGUCUGGGACAGGCUGGGACGAACAAUGGGAGCUGAAGAUCUAGCACAAAAGAUGCUAAAAGGUUCCCCUCGUGAAAGGAUCUCUGCAGAGGAUGCCCUUCUUCAUAAAUUCUUCAGUACUUUGCCAUGCCAGCUUCACCAGCUGUCAGAUGUGCAGUCCGUAUUCACAGUGCCUGGGCUAAGCCUCAAACCAGAAAUGCGUGACCUGUUCUUUCCACGCCAGAAGGGCCCCCAACCAGCUGCUCAUCAUAAACCUUGGUGAAUACUACAGAGUAUGAGUUGUUCUUCUCUGCUCACAUCCUACUGAACAUCCUGGCUGUUUGUCCUUAGUAGCUGAAGAUGUUGGCACCUUCCUUCCCCCUCCUGUUGCCUUUUGAAGAAAGAAGCCAUCGUGAAUUUAGCCAGUCAAGUCUUGCACCUUAUUUACAAAAACACUGACAGCAAAUUGAAUGCUGGGAGAAUGCAAAUAAUUGUUUUGUUCUCUAAUUUGUUGCUAGUGUCUCUGGGACAAUGUCUUAAUUAAUAUUAUUUAGUAGUGCUACUUUUGCCGUUGGAAUGCUUGCUGGCCAAUGGGCAAAACUGGUAAAUGCUCGGGGGGGGUUGCCCAGUCACACUAUACUUGUGCCUAUAUUGUCACUUGUGCAGCAGAUCCCUUACUUUUAGUGCGCAACCGCAUACUGCAAAGCAUAAGCGUGUAGUGUUUGAAAAGGUGUAUCCGGCAGUUGGCUGCACACUUGUCAUUUACCUUAAAGUAACUGGGCCAUUCAGUUACUCACAGCUAAAUUUUUACAUUCGUAAAUAUAAUCUCCAUUUUUUAAGUUAUCAUAUUUUAGUCAUCAUUUGUAAUGUACUUCAUAAAUAGGCUCUAACAGUGAUCAAAUUGUUUACAUUGCCAAACAAAUGCAGUAUAGGAGGUUAGAUUUGUAAGAAGCAAAUUGCCUGUUUAUUAAGUGGUAGUUUUGCUCAUGAUGAUAUUAUCAAACUCUGUAUUUCAAAAUUAUUUUAAAGUAACACCCCUGCACCUAAAAA